GUGGCUUUAAUAAAGUGAGCAUGCGCACUGCGCAGGCCUUUAGGUUUUUAGAUUUGAUGGCGACGUCGUGUGUUUGGCGUUCAUAAUUAUUAACAGCGAUUAAGACCGAACAUAAUGCAGCUGUUCGUUCGUGGCCAGACUUUGCACCCUGUUCAUCUGAAUGGCUCAGAGACUGUUGCCCAUAUCAAGGCUCAGGUCGAAGCCUUGGAGGGUCUGGCCUGUGAUGAGCAGGUGAUUUCUUUCUGUGGCGUUCCUCUGGAGGAUGAGACACUGAUUUGUCAGUCUGGGAUUGAGGAGUUCAACACUCUUGAGGUCUCAUCGAGACUGUUAGGAGGCAAAGUCCACGGUUCCCUGGCAAGAGCAGGCAAAGUCAGAGGACAAACUCCCAAGGUGGACAAGCAAGAGAAGAAAAAGAAAAAGACCGGCAGGGCAAAGAGAAGAAUUCAGUACAAUCGGCGCUUUGUAAAUGUUGUCCCUACGUUUGGCAAAAAGAAAGGGCCAAAUGCCAACUCCUAAUUUGCUUUUCAAAAUGACUGUCAAUAUUCACUGCAUUCUUUGGCUGACCAGUAGGACAUUGCUGAUGGGGGACACUGAAUCACUUGGGUGAAAAAAGGAGGUUUUGUAAGUUGCAAAUAAAAACAUUUAAUGAAA